AUGCUUCAGCACAACACUGAACCUACUACCAUGCCCCCAAACGCCAUGACCGUGUCUCCUCCAACCACCAAGCAAUCAGCUCCAGCAGGUAAGCUUCAAGAUUGGCAAAUUCAGCUCCAACUUCAUACUGUGGAGGAGAACAACUUGGAUCAUCGCAAUUUUGUGCCACUUCCAUUGUGGAAUCAAAACCCGAAAAUGUUCCGUGAGCCAGGUAUCAAUACUCAAAAGGUCUUUAGUCGGUUCGUCUAG